AUGGAAGCCAAUUCUUUAGUAACUCUCCGUAAAAAGAAAAGCGGUAAGAUAAAGACGUUCUUAAAGGGCCUAAAAUGUGUGAAAGCAGAUAAAUCAGCUUCAAAAUCAUUUGAGUUAGUAAAGAAGCUAGACUCAUAUGAAGAUGUACCGAUAAGGGCCAAUAGCGUAAUAAAAUCCUCUCGAUUUGCACAAACUGAGGAUGAAUUGGGCAUUGAUGAAUCCACUCAAGCUAGUCUAGAUAUCAAACCAAAAUCACAGGAAUUCAACAUAGAUUGCUUUAAAAAAAUACUUGAUGAUAAUCAAAAUUUACACAGUAGAGAUAUUUUGAUAGAAAAUCGUAGGUUGGCUUUGACGCGUGUUGUUGGCAUAAUUUCCCUUAAAAUUAGCUUCCAUUUCAACCAUUUUAUUCUUAAAACAAAUGUCAGAGUAGUGAAUAAUCUGUUUUUUGAUAAUUUUGUAAAGAUUCUUGCAAGGACGGUAAAUUACAAACUCAUAUUACUGUUGAGAUCUUUUGUAAACUUGGCAAGAAUAAGCUACUAUAGAAACGCGGAAUUGUAUAAAAUAUUGGAUUCUAAGGACUUAAAUCAAGAUUCGGAGAGCCGAUCAACACAAGUGAUCACUAGAAACUCAAGAACAGUAGUUAAACUGGAUUUGAGUUGUUUAUUAAUGUGUAAAGUGAUAUCGACAGUAGUGCUGUUUAGAAAGUACAAAUAUUGGAGCGUCAUCAGGAGCGCUUUGUCAGGAAAAUACUAUAAAACUGCACUGUAUAAGCCGAUUACCCCUGGACUUCUUUCUAGCAACAUGAUCGUGGAUGGUGAUAAAUAA